AUUCAGGAUUGGAGCUCAGUUAUCCAGUUGGACUUUUACAAAACCUCGGGCCAGAGUCCAAUUAGGAUAGGAUUCUACGAUGGCUAUCAUGGUGAUAGUGACCCUUUUGAUGGUCAAGGUCAUGUUUUAGCGCACACUUUUUUCCCGACGGAUGGCAGGAUGCAUUUCGAUAAUGCUGAGAAGUGGUCUUCAAAAACUUCGAACAACAACAACACUAUAAAUCUCCGUCAAGUAGCCACCCACGAAAUAGGUCACCUAAUUGGGUUAGGUCAUUCCAAUGUCAAAGGUGCGGUCAUGUUUCCUUACUAUUCAUUUCAGAAGAAUUUUACACUACACCCUGACGACAUAAAAGGGGCUUUAAAACUCUUUAGUAAGUAUCAUUGCACUUAUCUUAAGUACAGCUGCACUUAUUUCAUAAAAAAUUUAACAAUUUUUGAAAUUUUUUGA